AUGCAGGAGAGCCUAAUGUCCAUUGUUGAAAUAAAAACUAAUCAACACGUCAGGAAAAUGAACGCGUCCAUUUACGAGGUGCAGAACUGCUUAAACAAUUUAGUACCAUAUUUCUUUGAACAAUUACUCGUCGAAACUUAUACUGAUAAAUGUAAAUUUCUGACGGUGAUAAACUCUUCAAUCGAAGAUCUAUUAAAAGAUAAAUGGCGAAACAAUACAAAUACACAGUUCCCUAAGAAAUGGAGCCCUCUGGUUGGAUUCUUAAAAGAGAAAUCCUUGUCAACGCUAAGGAAUAUACAGCAGUCUUUGUUUGUAACUCUAUUAUCUGCUAAUUUAACGUCUUUGGAUAUUAUUAAAGCAAUUCAUAAA